CCUCAGUCAGAGUACCUCAUGGCCUUGGCGUCAAAUAAGGACCGUGUGUUGUUUUGUUGAUUUUAUCUUUCGGCGACUGGCGACUUCGUUUUACUUAAUUUAUUGUCUGUUAACCACACCGCUUGUACCAUUGGAAGUACCUGUGCCUAAUUUUUUCCUUAACCGAAGUCAUUAGUGUUCGUUUCCACCACCUAAGACCGUCUUUCAAAGUUGUUUCGAUUAGAUUGCUGUUAGAAUAAGAAGAUUAGUGCUGUCUUAUGAUUCUCGGAAUAUCAUCUCACUUGUCUAGAGGUGUCUGGUUAUUAAAAUGCUCAGUAUGGUGGAGCCCAUGGAUCAAUCAGAUCUGAUGGAUGGCAUGGACACAGAAGACGUCCGAGAAUUGCAGCUAUUGACAGAAAGUAGAAGAGUUUCUACUCGGUUUCAUCCCCAGCAUGGAGAAAACAUCAUCCUUCUGGAGGAUAACACGGUAGCUUAUAGGAAAGCCAGUUUUGCGAAUGCAGUGACAUUCAGUGAAAAGCCUUUGUUGCCCGGAGAAAUAUUCCUCCUUGAAAUUGAAAAAAAUGAGAGAGGUUGGAGCGGUUACAUGAGGCUAGGUCUCACUCAGAGGGACCCAAAAUGUGCCGUUACUCAAGAUGGUAAUUUCCCGCAAUACGCUCUCCCUGACCUAGCAAAUAUGGGACAGUCAUGGAUAUAUGGAAUCACAAAGACUCAAAACAAUGUCUACCGGUUCGACAGCCUUGAAAACAAUGUAUCUGAGGAUGACGAUACUCCAUUGAAGUCAGAGUGUACCAAAUUGUUUGUUGGUUCUAGUCAAUGUGUAAAAACUUCAAGAGGCACAAUACCUAGGAGCUGGUUAAGAUCAUCUUCAUCAAACAAAGGUGAAGAAAUCUUACCUACUGAUGUAGGCAGCCGAAUUGGUGUUGUCUAUGUUCCGUUAAGAAAUGGGAAUGCUGAAAUGCAUUUUGUCAUAAAUGGUGAAGAUCAGGGGCCGUGCACUAGAGACAUCCCCUAUAAAGAAGGUCCCUUGCAUGCUGUUGUUGAUGUUUAUGGGACUACAAAGCAAGUACGAAUUGUCCAACUUCAGGGAGUUGCUAGUUUGCAAAGUGCUUGUAGGGAUGCCAUUCUUCUCCAUCUAAGAAAUCAUUCAGUGGCAGAACUGCCUCUUCCUAAGAGUCUAAAAGAUUUCUUACUUUUCAACUCAUGAAUGUAACAACCCAUUCACCCUACAUGAUUUUUGAGAUUUUUAUUAACAGGUAUCAUUGAAUAAUACCUGCUCUACACAAUGAAGGUCCUCCCCUCAGUGCUGAAAUUGUCAGUCCUACGGGAGAAAUGUGAAGUCCCAUCAGUAUUAGCUACUGCUACAAGAAUUUGCACUAUCAUGUGCACUCUUUUAAAUUGUUGUGACAAAGCGAUAGAUAAAUUUAUUGUCAUUCUUAAAUUCAAUGUAAAUGAAGCCAAAGUGUACAAAAUUUUGAAUUAUUUUUUACAAAACGAAUUUUUCUAAAGUUGUACAUAAAAUGCCUGCAAAGUGGAUUUUGGUGGCUUGAGCUGUCUUGUGUUGUUUUUUUUCUUUAUGUAAUUUUAUAUGUUCAGCAGAAGUUGUUCUGUGUUAUAGGAAUUCCAUUAUGUUGAAAUACUGUGUCAAAUUUUAUAAGCUGUUAAAAUAUUUAGGCUCAUCAUUUUGUAUUUUGCUUUGAAAUUAUAUUCAAUUGUUUUAUUUAAAAGAUUGUAACUUUUUUCUGCUUAUCUGUAUUUUUCUUCUCACUUUGAAACCAUAGAAAAUUUCAAGGGUAGGAAGAAAUUUUGAGAUUUUGUGACUGGCUAUUGAUGCAUUGUAUCUUUUGCAUUCAAUAUCUGUGAAUUUAUUCCAGUAUAAGACGUGUAUGUAGCCACCAUUGGGAAAAAUUUCAUUUGAAAUAA